UUCCUCACUUGCCAUCUCUGGUCUUUAAAGACAACGGGAAGUCAUAUCAUAUUUAAAAGAUGGAAGGCUAGCAUGAACUGAGUUAUAUGAUGUGAGCCAUCACAUCUUAGAGAACUGCUGCAAUGGAGGGUCCAUUAACAGGCUGCACUGUUUAUCAUUACCUUAUUUUUUUGCGCUAUAAGGCGCACUGGAUUAUAAGGCGCACUAUCAAUAAACGUCUAGUUUCUGGUCUAAUUACAUACAUUCAGACUGUUUAUUUAUGUGAGUAAAGCGCUUCCCUUUAUUUACAGUAAGCUUAGAUUUCCAAAUUUUCACUAUAGCUGGGUGCAGCAGCAUUAGCAUUAGCAGCUAACCGCUAGUGCUAGCAGGGAAUGUUAAUCUACAUAGAUUUCUCUCCUGAAAAAUGUUUAUUUAGGUGAGUAAAGUGCUUUCAUUUAUCUACAGUAAGAUUAAAUUUCCAGAUUUCUACUAUAGCUGAGUGCAGCAGCAUUAGCAUUAACAGCUAACCAUUAGUGCUAGCCAUGGUAAGUGGCUAAUGUAGGCCAACAAUACCUCUGAACGGCCAAAAAGCUAGCACUUAGCGCGAUUAGCAGCUAAUGCUAACACUGCUGGAGAACUAAACUGAAACUCCCGUAUAAAGCUGUAAUGCAAUUCUACCAGGUAUGUUGUAAGGAGCAGUAAAGUCAACUUUACUGCUCCUUACAACAUACCUGGUAGAAUUCACACAUAAGGUGCACCAGAUUUUAAGACGCACUGACGAUUUUUGAGAAAAUUAUAGGGUUUUAAGUGCGACUUAUAAUGCGAAAAAUACGGUAUAAAAAAAUGACAGGGGAGAGAGAGGGCAAUCCUAACAAAUUAGAUCCACUUUUGCUCGCUGGGAAUAAUUUUUCUCAAUUAUUUUCUAUAUAAUGUUUGUAAUAAUUGCACAUUUAAACAACACAUAAACAUAUUUAAACCCUGUUUCUAAAAAAAAUAUAUUUACAAUUUAGAACAUACUAGGGGUAAAUGAAGGUAUUUUAGUAUAGGAUAAACAUAUCAGCAAAUGUACUGUAACUAAAAGAAGAAAACCACAUCGGUCAAAGCAGGAAAUAUAUAUCUGUGAGCUAAGUCACAUCCUGUGAUGCAGUGUAUUUUAAGAGCUACUGAAGUGGUCUCACUAAAAACAACUUGCUUUUAUCUUCAUGUCUUUCACACUCCUUCACACAGAGUGGACUGUGAAAAAGAGGCUUAUGAACAACUGAUUAAUUCAUCAGCUAUAAAUCAUGACCCGUAGUCGUGGUCAAUGUAUGAUCUAAAAGUAGAUCUGUGUAGGAUUAGGGUUAAGGUUAGGGAAGUUUAUUAGCCACACCAAGAGAACUAAAUACGCUGUAUAACUCCUUUAGAAUUCCGGAAAGCUACUCCCUCAAGGAGUUCCACAGAUGGCCAAAAGAUAUACUCCAAUCAAACCAAAUAUUAUGUUGUUAUCAAUUAUAAAAUGUUAAAAUGAUUGCUUUACACAUUACAAUUGGUUUCUCUAGUUUAGUUUUAAAUGUGUCUUUUGUAUUUUCUCUGUUCUGUAUUUUGUCUUUGAGUGUGAUGUAAAAGCUGAGUGAAGAAGCAGCAGAGUUUGUGAAUUGAGCUCUGGUGAAGAGGAAAGGGAGGGGAUAAGCAGACUAAAUAAACACAACAACUGCUCUGCAUUUAUCUAAUUCCACUAAUGUGGUCUCCCAGAGCACGCAGUGGGCUUCAGCUGCUUUUCAGAUGAUGAUCAUAAGGGUGCAUGUAAGCAAGUGAGAAAAAAAAAACAACUAAAUAAACAGAAAGUUAAAAAAUAGAGACAGAAGUUCCUCACCUCUUCAAGAAUUCUCUGACAGAACUGGAUUCUAACUUACAGCGAAUUUAAGGCGGCAGAAGAUGUAGAGUUUGACUGGAGCUUAUCCUCAUGCUUAGACCUCAUUAUGAGUGCAGAUGCUCAUAUGGACUACAGAGCUGCGUGCUGACGGGAGUGGAGACUGACAUUAAGCAUUAAAGAUCGGGUGUGAGCUGGCAGAAUGGGCUGUACUUGCAGUGGUCAGAAGAAACAUAAAGAAAAGGGACAUCUAAACAAUAAUUCGGCAGCCAACAACAAAUCACACCCAAGACAACUUGGGCAGCGUUCUGCAGACUAUGAUGAGGAUAUUGUGAUUGCUCAACAUGACUUCAAACCAAACAACGAUAGCGAUCUUCCAUUUAAGAAAGGAGAGAAACUCAAGAUCAUUCAGGAAAAUGGAGACUGGUGGUUGGCUAAAUCUCUUGUCACUGGAGAUGAGGGAUACAUUCCAUGUACCUAUGUGGCUCGAGCUCACACUCUGGAGGUGGAAAGAUGGUUUUUCAAGGAUCUAAGUCGCAGAGAGACGGAGCGUCUUCUGUUAGCUCCAGGGAACAGGGUUGGUUCCUUCCUUGUCAGGGAAAGUGAGACCACCCCAGGUGCUUUCUCCCUGUCCAUAAGAGUCUCUGUUCCAGAACAAGGCGAUUUGGUCAAGCACUAUAAGAUCCGUGCUCUUGACAAAGGAGGCUACUACAUCUCUCCCUCCCUGACCUUCCCCUCUCUGCAGGAGCUGGUGCAGUAUUACUCCAGAUCGGCUGAUGGUCUGUGUCAGAGGCUUGGAAGCCCCUGUAAAACUGCUGCUCCACAGAGGCCCUGGGCUCAAGAUGAGUGGGAGAUCCCAAGGGAAACGUUAAAAAUGGUGAAGAGAUUGGGUGCUGGACAGUUUGGGGAAGUCUGGAUGGGAUACUACAAAAACAACCAGAAAGUGGCCAUUAAGACUCUGAAAGAGGGCAGCAUGGAGCCAGAGGCCUUCCUGCAAGAGGCGAACCUUAUGAAGAAGCUUCAGCAUGACAGACUAGUGAAACUUCAUGCUGUAGUCACUCAACAGCCAAUCCUCAUAGUCACAGAGUUCAUGGCAAAUGGGAGCUUACUGGACUUUCUCAAAACUGAUGAUGGCAAGAAAUUAAAAUUACCCAAGUUAAUAGAUAUGGCAGCUCAGAUUUCAGAGGGCAUGGCUUACAUAGAAAAGAAGAACUACAUUCACAGAGACCUUCGGGCUGCCAACAUACUGGUGUCUGAAACUUUGCACUGUAAGAUAGCAGACUUUGGCCUGGCCAGGAUUAUCGAGUCUGAGUACACUGCACAAGAAGGUGCAAAAUUUCCAAUUAAGUGGACAGCCCCUGAAGCUAUCAACUUUGGCACCUUCAGCAUCAAGUCAGACGUCUGGUCCUUUGGUGUUCUCUUGACAGAAAUAGUGACCUAUGGACGAGUACCAUAUCCAGGAAUGACAAAUCCGGAGGUGAUCCGUAACCUGGACAAGAUGUACAGGAUGCCAUGUCCGGAUGACUGCCCUGAGGAGCUGUAUGAUAUUAUGCAGAUGUGCUGGAAAGAGAAACCAGAGGACAGACCCACAUUUGAAUACCUGCAGGACACACUUAACGACUUCUACAUCGCUACUGAGGGCCAGUACGAAAUGCAUCCUUAAGCUUUGAGCACUCUUACAACUGGACAAAGAACUUAAAAACAUAAACUUAGAUGUUGUAGAGGAUUCAGUGGCUCACAAAAGCAAUUGAUUCAUGGAUGCAGCAUGUGACAGAUGUGUGCUGAUUAAGGGGAAUGUGUUCCCUGUGACCGGACCGAUUAAUGGA